ACGUGGGAGCGAUGCGGAGGGUGUUCGACGAGCUGCCGCGCAUGCGGGACGUCGUGACCUGGAACGCGGUCCUUGCAGGGUACGUGCGAGCGGGCAUGGCGAGGGUUGCACGAGCGUUGUUUGAUGAAAUGCCGGUGAGAGAUGAGGUGUCUUGGAGCACCGUGGUGGGCGGGUAUGUGAAGGAAGGGGAGCUGGACGUGGCCCUGGCGGUGUUUAGGGAUAUGGUGGAGAAAGGGGUCAGGGUGAAUGAGGCUGCGGUUGUGACGGCGUUGUCGGCGGCCGCACAGCUGGGUUUGCUUGAGCAUGGCAGGUUUGUGCACCAGGUUGUCCAUCAAGAAGGGAUGCCGAUCAGUGUGAAUGUAGGGGCUGCCAUGGUGGAUAUGUAUGCCAAGUGCGGGUGUGUGGCACUGGCCAGGGAAGUUUUCGAUGGGAUGCCGAGGAGGGACGUUUUUGCAUGGAACGCCAUGAUCUGUGGACUUGCUGCUCAUGGGUUGGGACAGGAUGCAGUGGAACUCUUUGAACUGUUUCUCGGCGAGGGUUUGAGUCCAACGAACAUUACGUUUGUUGGCGUGCUAAAUGCCUGCAGCCGCUUUGGCCUUGUUGCUGAGGGGCGGCGCUAUUUUGAAUUGAUGGCUGAGAAAUAUUGUGUUGAGCCAGAAAUGGAGCAUUACGGCUGCAUGGUUGAUCUUCUAGGUCGGGCUGGUCUUGUUCAAGAAGCCAUUGAAUUGAUCGAAGGGAUGCCUAUUGCACCUGAUCCGGUUCUCUGGGGCACUGUACUCUCGGCUUGCAAGAAACAUGGCCUGGUGGACUUGGGGGUCAAGGUUGGUAACAAGCUAAUUGAACUGGAGCCAGCUCAUGAUGGCAACUAUGUCCUCCUUGCAAGUAUAUAUGCGAAGGCAAAGAAAUGGGAUGAAGUCAGGGAAGUCAGGAAACUGAUGUCUAGUCGGGGUACCAGCAAGUCAGCUGGCUGGAGCUUGAUGGAAGCACAAGGAAACGUGCAUAAGUUUCUAGUAGGAGACAUGGAUCACAAGGAUUCCGUUCAGAUAUAUAACAUGCUCGACAUGAUUAACAGAAGGUUGGCAGAUGCAGGGUACGUACCAGACGUGUCAUCUGUAUUGCAUGACAUUGGAGAUGAAGAGAAGGUGCAUGCAAUCAAGGUGCACAGCGAGCGUCUGGCAAUUGCUUAUGGGUUCAUAGUUACGGAAGUUGGCAACCCAAUCCGUAUUGUUAAGAACCUUCAGGUGUGUGGGGAUUGUCAUGAAUUCAGUAAGAUGGUGACAAAGGUUUUCAAUAGGGAGAUUAUUGUGAGAGAUGGCAGUAGAUUCCAUCAUAUGAAAGAAGGGAAAUGUUCUUGCCUUGACUAUUGGUAGUUAAUCAGCUUAUAGUUUUUUGUUGUUGUUGAAUUCAGUCAUUUUGCUGGAGUCAAAGAGUUGGUGGCUGACAUCAAUGUUCUAGUUUGCAGCAUAUCCCAAUUCAUUUGACAUUGGCAGCCUCCUGCUGCUUAAGUUUUCAGCUGUUUUUCUUAACCCAAUACUGUAGGGGAGGCACCAACAGUAAAUUCUAUACAGUAGUUUGAGCAGUUGAGUCAAGCCAGACGCAAACGGGAUCAGCAAUAUCAGACUUCCUUCUAAAGUAGAUGAGGUAAAGCUCCCUCUUAGAAAUAAAGGACCAAGAUCCUAAGCUAGAGGAGAUUUUGUCGAAGAUUUUCACAUUCCUUUGUUUCUGAAUGGACUAGGCAACAAUGAUGUAAGCUUCCACGAAGAAGGGAUUGUGGAAGUUUAAUUUGGCAGAGGCAAUCAUGAUGUAGAAGUUCCGAGAUGAAUUCUGGGGCAACCUUAUAUGAUCCAGCAUUCCAUGUUAUGAGGAUAGCGCCAGAAGAGAUGAUCACUUUCUCCCAAGCAACAAGAGCCUUGGCUCAGUUAGAGAGAUCAGAUUUGCCCCACAAGCAAAUAUGCCGGGCUCUGUCAAUGUUGUUUCAGAACAAUGAUCUCUUGAUGGAAGAACUCAAAGCUGUGAGCAUUAGCAAUGCAGUCAUGGACAGUUGUCUUCAGCGGGUGGCUUCCGUCCUACUGAUGGAUAUCCCGCAUGCUGAUACCUUAACGAUCUCUUGAGCAGCAAGUACCUUCAGCUCAAGGAUUGGACAUGGAAGUACACUUUUACUUGUGAUGUUAGGAUGUUUUACACAUGCGAAAUUCAUGGAGUGGGUGAUAGAUCUCCCGGAUGAUCCACACAAGUCUUGAGAAAGCUAGAGCAACAAAGGGUGGGUAAAUCAAAUUUGCAGUAGGCUAAUGUUGAUGCACACACAAAAAAAAUUGUAGGCAGACGGUGCUGUAGAAAGCAAUCUUCAAAGUACCGGAAGCCAAAGAUGCUAAUCUGGAAGUACAUUGGAGUCUUAAUAAAAUGCCUGAAGGAGGAUAUUUCUUCUGUGUCAGAACAACAUAGUUUGGGAAAGCAAUCAAGUGAUUCUUCUCAUACAUGCCCUUGCUGUUUAAGAUGGUGAGGCAGUCACAGCGAUCGAAUUCUGGGGAAAAGCCAAGAUCAUAGACAAAAGUCAAGUGAUUGCAUUAUCGUAACCUGAAGGCCAGGAUAAUUGGCGGUCACAGUGCCAUAUGCAUAACAGUGUCACCGGAACAAGAUCUGGCGUCGACGUGUAAGACUUUGCCAAUGUGGAACUGUGGAGAAUUGGCCGGGUCUUUCUGUUUGUCGAGGAGUAAGUUUAUGCUGGUUUGGAAGACACAUUCAACACAACCUGGUAGACAGCGCAGGGUCUACAGUCUCCAUAAUUGACGUGGAAAACGAUGUCUGCAGUAAUAAUCUGAGUUCUAGUCAUCCAUGUUUCUUGGGUGUAACCUAGGCCAUAUAUAAUCAGAAACCUGCUAUUUUUCACCUGUAUGGUCAAUGUAUGGAAAUCACACAACCAAUUACUGUCACCAGCAUGUCGGCGAAAGCCCAGACUUCUUCCAAGGACUUGCACUGUUUAACUACUUAGGCAGACGGUGAUAAUGUUUUUUUUUUCUUAAAACAGAUAAGUGCACUGUUGUUUUUUUCUUAAAACAUAUAAGUGCACUGUUGUUUUUUUUUCUUGUGAAAUAACACUCAGACUUAUUUGCAUAGCUAUAGAUUAUUUUUUGUGAAACGUA